GCUAUUUCACGCCCCAGCAUCGCCAGUCUCCUGGAUCCCCUGUUACCCUUGAUGCCUCGACACCUACACUCUUCACUCCGCUCAAAAUCCGUGAUGUCACGCUGCGCAACCGCAUAGUCGUGGCUCCUAUGUGUCAAUUCUCAACUGCGCCCGAGGGUCCCUCUAUUGGCGCAUUGACAGACUACCAUAUCGCAACCCUCGGGCAUUUCGCGCUGAAGGGCGCCGCCCUGGUCUUUGUCGAAGCGACAGGUGUCCAGCCAAAUGGCCGAAUUUCACCAUAUUGCCCAGGCCUCUGGGAUGAUGCGCAAAUCCCAGGUCUUAAGCGGGUUUUUGACUUCGUGAAAUCUCAGGGCGCUCUGGCUGGUAUUCAGCUGGCGCAUGCGGGGCGGAAAUCCAGUACAGCGGCACCAUGGGUGGCAGGGAGCACAGAGCAUAGGAAGGCAAGCUUGCGCGUGGGGAAGGAUCAGUAUGGCUGGCCGGACGAUGUUGUUGGGUCGUCUGGGGGAAUUGAGCAGACAUGGGAUGGCCUUGGUCUACAGGAGGCAGGCGGCUACUGGCCGCCCCGAGCUCUUACUCAUGACGAGAUCAAGCAGUUGGUAGGCGACUGGGCUAAGGCAGCGAAGAGGGCUGUGCAAGCGGGUGCAGAUGUUAUUGAGAUCCAUGCGGCGCAUGGAUAUCUUAUCAACGAGUUCUUGAGUCCGGUGUCAAACCAUAGGACAGAUUCUUAUGGGGGUAGCUUUGAAAACCGGGCGCGCUUGUUGCUGGAGAUCAUCGACUCGAUUAGGAAGGAAAUUCCUGCGGAGAUGCCAUUAUUUCUCCGGGUUAGCUCAACUGAAUGGCUGGAAGACACGGAGGUUGGUAAGAAGUACGGCACCUGGACCGUGGAGGAUACGAUCAGGUUGGCAAAACUUCUCCCAGAAGCUGGCGUUGACCUGCUUGACGUGAGCAGUGGCGGCAAUCACCCGACGCAGACAGUCAGCUCGUUCCGAACCAAGGACUACCAGACAAAGAUCGCUGCCCGGAUUCGCAAGGAGUUGAAACAGUCUGGCGUGCAACUCCUGAUUGGUGCCGUUGGCAUGAUCACGGAGGCAGAGCAGGCACGAGACCUUGUUGAGGCAGACAAACUGCUAUCUCAAGAAGCGAAGGACGCUGAAGAUGUGACGGAUGCAAAGGAUGGGAAAGAGCCCUCGGCGGAUCUUCUGUUCAUCGGCAGGCAGUUUUUAAGAGAGCCAGAGUGGGUUCUGCGAGUAGCGUGGAAGCUGGGAGUGGAUGUCGCGUGGCCGAGCCAAUAUCUGAGGGUUCGGUUCCCUCGUCUUUAAGGCAGCACUUGUCGAAUUUCCAGAAUGGAAUUCACUAUAGUAUGAAUGGUUAGCUAUGGACACGCUAUAUAUAGCUAGUGAUAGAUCUCAAGGGAUUGUCAACUACGGUGUUUGUG